AUGGUCCUCGCGCAGCCCCAGAACCAGCACGUCACCAAGGCCUUCGACCUGACGGGCAAAGUCGCCGUCGUAACUGGCGGUGCUCGUGGAAUCGGUCUCGAGGUUUCUCGGGGACUGGCCGAAGCCGGUGCUAAUGUUGCUAUAAUCUACAACUCAUCCAAGACGGCCGAUGCUGCCGCCGCCGAGAUCGCGAAUGCGAACAACGUGCGAGCAGCCGCGUACCAGGCCGACGUCACCGACCAGAAACAGAUUGAGACUGUCAUCCAAAGGAUAGCCACGGAUUUUGGAAAACUUGACAUUCUCGUCGCGAACUCCGGCAUUGUUAGCUGCGUUGCCGCCGAAGACUAUACUCCCGGUCAGUGGAGCGAGAUCAUGAAGGUCAACCUCGACGGUGCCUUCUACUCUGCUCAGGCUGCAGCGCGCAUCUUCAAGCAGCAGGGUCAUGGCAACGUUAUCUUUACGGCUUCCGUGAGCGCUACUUUGGUCAAUGUGCCCCAGAAGCAGGCCGCCUACAACGCCUCCAAGGCCGGUGUCGUGCAAAUGGCCAAGUGCUUAUCGGUCGAGUGGGUAGACUUCUGCCGUGUCAACUGCAUCUCCCCAGGUUUCAUCGCGACAGAGAUCCUCGACAUUCACCCCGAGGAAUGGCGUGCCAAGUGGUAUGAUAUGAUUCCUGCCAAGCGCAUGGCGCAAGCCUAUGAGCUGAAGGGGGCCUACGUGUUCUGUGCUUCGGACGCAUCCAGCUACAUGACUGGUGCAGACAUCAUCAUCGACGGUGGUUACACUUUGCCCUGA